AUGAGUUUCAACAUUGUAACCACUUUGUUUGGCUUUUCUGACAAUAACCUGAGAAAGUUAUAUUUCGGACUAGGGUUUUCGUUGACAUUUUAUAUACUGUUGCCAAGUAUUAAUGAUCUAUUUUGGAAGACUAUAAAAAAUGAACAACGUCACAUAUCAAAUGGAAGAUUGGAUAGAGUGACCUCCGGCUUGCUAAAUAAUGCCAAUGAUUGUUAUGCAAAUUCUUCAAUUCAAGCACUUGUUUCGCUUGAUACAUUCACCAAUUACCUAAACAUGUUUUUGAGAGACGUAAUUGAUGUUUCCAAAGAUUUGAAUUCUGUUAAAACCAGAUACCCUAUGCAUUUUACUUUAGCUGAAUUAAUCUCAAAGUUACAGACACUAACGUCGAACAAUCAAUCAUUCUCGACCCAACCUAUCAAGCAAACCUUAGAAUAUAUAUUUAAAAUGAGCAUCUCGAGGGGGCAACAUGAUGCCCAAGAAUUUACUCAAGCAAUACUUGAUUGUCUAAAAGAAGAAUAUAAUUCAAUUAGUUCCCACAAUCUAAGUACUGUAUUCCCACUUCAUGGACAAGUUGGAACUCAGUUAGUGUGUUUGAGAUGCCAUCAAACAUCGGAAUUAAAAUUACAAGAGUUUUUGUUAUAUGAAGCCAUAGCUCCACAAAAAUAUUCUACAACAUUGAAUGAUUUGUUCUCCCAGGAUCAAACAGAUGUUGUUAGUGAUUAUAAAUGUUUAACAUGCAUGAUGAAUAUGAUUAUUAGGAACGAAACUCAUCUUGAUCCAAAGCAAAAGGAUGAACAAUCGGACAGUAUUAAAUACAUAAACAGACAUCACAAUUCUCUAUUUAUUAACAGUGAUAUACCUGAAGAAGUAUGGAAUUAUAUAAAGAUGUAUAACAAGGGUGGUUGUAUACCUUAUUCUAAUGGAUCAGAUGUUCUCAAAAAAUCCGUAGUGGUAGAAUCCCCCGAUAUUUUAGUGAUCCAUAUAUCCAGAUCAAUGUUCAAUGGAGUAAGCACAACAAGAAAUGGUUGUCGAGUAUCAUUUGAAGAAGAUUUUAUAAUCCCUGAACAAUAUGUCAGUGAUAAUAAAUGUAUUUCUAUAAAGAAUGUUAAUUAUAAAUUGAGGUCUGUGGUCAAACAUACGGGGACUCAUUAUCAAGGCCAUUAUCAAUGUUUUAGACACAAACCUGAUCUUAUGAAGGAUGUGAUUUUGGAGAAAACAGUGAAUUUUUCACCUACAGUUAGAAUUCCAUCGACUGAGAAUUCAGUCGUAGAAGAGUCCGUUACUUCUUCUAUUCCAUCUCAAAACACUAGCAGACCUAGAAAGAGGUACAAGAAAAUAAAAUCUGUCAAUACCAAGUGUUUUUGGAAAAUAUCAGAUGCAUCCAUUCAAGAAGUUAAUUUCAACAGUGUUUUGAGCGAAACAAAGUAUGUAUAUAUGCUCUACUAUGAAAAAAUAAAAUGA